UCUAUUUCGUCAGUUCUUCUCACUUCACUUUCUCGAAGUGUUUGGUAGUGGGGUGAAGGAAUAAGAUUUUGGAGGAGUUCGAUAGGUGGUGUGGCGUGGCGUUAUACUCACAACAACAUCAUCAAAAUUAUCAAAUUACUUUCCGGCAACCUCAAUUCUGCUCCUUCCACACUCAAUGUCUUAUUCUCUCUCUUCGAUUCCCCUCACACACCAAACAUCGUAAAACUUUCCAAUUCAAUCUCGUACACCAAACGCAAACCAUGCUCGCGUUUCGAUCCAAGCCUUGCAGGGAAACAGCGACCCUCGCACUCGUCCACUUCAACCACUUGCUUUUCAGCUUCACACGCGCCGGGAGCUCUCGCUGCCCUCCACGCGCCACCUUCGGGGUUUCGAGAGGCUACAACGUUGUUGCCUCCUUAGGGGACCCGCCCGAGGUGUGGUCCGGCGGCGGGAUUGUCGUUCGUUCCGGAAAUUCCAACUUUGAAGUUGCUGGCGGCGCCCCCAACUCCGGCGAUUCGAAAGAGGGGUGUUGGGGGGGCUCCAAUUUAGGGAACAAUUUCCCUACGCCGAAGGAGAUUUGCAAGGGGCUCGACAAGUUCGUUAUUGGACAAGAGAGGGCAAAAAAGGUGCUUUCUGUUGCGGUUUAUAAUCACUAUAAGAGGAUAUUUAACGAGUCUUCUUUACCCAAGUGGCCUGCAGGAGAUUCGGAUGAUAAUGUGAAGGCUGAUGCUGUUGAAGAUGAUAGAGUUGAGCUUGAGAAAAGCAAUAUCCUUCUGAUGGGGCCAACAGGAUCUGGGAAAACAUUACUUGCCAAAACUUUGGCUCGGUUUGUAAAUGUUCCCUUUGUUAUUGCAGAUGCAACUUCACUCACUCAGGCUGGUUAUGUUGGAGAGGACGUUGAGUCCAUAUUAUACAAGCUCCUCAUGGUUGCGGAUUAUAAUGUUGCAGCUGCACAACAAGGCAUUAUUUACAUCGAUGAAGUUGAUAAGAUUACCAAAAAGGCGGAGAGCCUUAAUAUCAGUAGGGAUGUUUCUGGUGAAGGUGUUCAGCAGGCAUUACUAAAGAUGCUUGAGGGAACGAUUGUCAAUGUUCCUGAGAAGGGAGCCCGAAAGCAUCCCAGAGGUGACAAUAUUCAGAUUGAUACAAAGAAUAUACUUUUCAUUUGUGGAGGAGCCUUCAUUGACUUAGAGAAAACAAUCUCAGAUAGGCGACAUGAUUCUUCUAUUGGAUUUGGGGCACCUAUACGUGCAAACAUGAGGACUGGUAAAGUCACAGAAGCUGCCGUUGCAUCAUCCUUGUUAGAAACUGUUGAAAGUAGUGAUCUUAUUGCUUAUGGUUUAAUACCUGAAUUUGUUGGGCGGUUUCCUAUCCUUGUCAGUUUGUCAGCUUUAACUGAAAAUCAACUCAUUCAGGUUCUUACAGAACCAAAGAAUGCUCUAGGUAAGCAAUACAAGAAGAUGUUUCAAAUGAAUGGGGUAAAGCUACAUUAUACAGAAAGCGCUCUGAGAUCAAUUGCCAAAAAAGCAAUAUCUAAAAAUACUGGUGCUCGGGGAUUACGAUCAAUCUUAGAGAAUGUGUUGGUAGAUGCUAUGUAUGAGAUUCCUGAUGUUAGAACAGGUGACGAUGUUAUUGACGCUGCUGUCGUCGAUGAAGAAGCUGUUGGAAAUGUGGGGUGUGCUGGGAGAGGGGCUAAAAUUCUUUAUGGUAAGGGUGCAUUGGAUCGUUAUCUCACAGAGCAGAAAAGUGAUUCAGAGGUGUGCAUAAUUUGUAAUGCAUUAUUUUUCUCUCUGCUUCUAUCAAAUUGCACUUCCUAAUCACACUUUUGUUUGUACG